GAGUGCCAUGUCGUGCAGAGUAGUGCAGUCCCAACGAACAACGCUCUAAUUACAGCAAAACAAGUCACCAACUUUUCAGUUCACUUGAAAAAGACAUCGUGAGAGACUUUUUAGAAACCAUUUAAGUACCGUUAAAUUUAUAAACGUCAUAAUUUGACGUUAAUUUAUUAUUAGUUAUCUGACCGAACGAAAUUUAUUUGUAACCUCGAAUGGAUUCAAAAAAUCAUCGAGAAGGAGUCGAUGUUUUAAUGAAACAUCUCGUUUCAAGAAAGGACGUGAUAACGUUCAACGUUUAUAAUGAAGUACAACAGCCAAAACGGCAUAAGCGAACAUCAAAAAUAGCUGCUUCGAUAAUAAAUUGUGGGCCGAAUACUAGCUUCGCUCAAGUUUACAAACAACAAAAGGCAAUUGCUAAACGGGAAACGUACAAGAUGCUGCAACAUUACACGGAUUUUAAAGAGAAAUUUUUAAAGAAAGAUAAGAAAUCGGAAAGUGAAGAUAUACCGUUAAUAAUCGUGGAUGAAAUUUAUUCUGCAAAAGAUGUGCCUAAAAAACCUUCAAUCGAAACGAUUCUUGAAGAAAAAUCAACUGUGAACGUUCCCGAAAAAUCUGAUAUAAAAAUAUCUACCGGAAAAGAUCUAUUAACGAAACUUCGCCUACUUCAAGGCGAAUUUAAAUGUGUGGAUCUAAAAAAAAAACUUUCCGGUUUUAUUCACGAAUACGUCGCCGCAAAUAUGAAUGAAAAAAUGGAACCAAGCGGUACUAACAAAGCUUCACGAUCGAAAUAAACUAAAUAUAACAAACAAAUAAAUUUCUCCGGCCAGAAAAAGUUGCCUUGUUUUAUUAAUGCUGUUCAUUUAUUUUAAGGCAGAGUAAAACCUCAUAAAAAGAACGAUACAAAAACCACCCCUCCGGCAAAACUCUAAAUUACCCGCGAUUUCUUUCACGUCGGUUUUUUUCACGCCGCUACUCAUAAAAAUUUCAAUUCGACUCUCUCCUUUGUAAUUUUUAAUUAAAGACGGUCUGAACCGGUACUCUCGGUACAUUUAGUUGCCGUUCCUAAUAUUCAUUCUUUCUUU